AUGCUCCACAAUCGUAUGCACUACUUCAAUUAUGGUCGACGGAAUAGCAUCGAUGCCCAUCAUGAGCAUCAUCAUCAUCGUGGAGGUAGCAGCCCUCACAUAAAGGAGGAGGAGGAGGGAGAGGAGAGCCUAUUCCCCGAUCGGGAGGAUACAGGGUCUCUAUCACCUCGAUCAGCUGAUGCUGGUGGCGGUACUCACAAUAGACGUGUAGGGCCUCCUCACGAUGGGCUGGACCAUAAAAGCAGAUGCCUCUCGAGCAGUAUCGCACCUUCAAAUAUCGUCCGAGACGUGUCCGGUGAUGUUACGGCAGAGACGACAGCAAUAGACCAGGACAGGGGGGAGGGGAUCAUCUGUGAUGCAUGCCCAGGAUGCGAUGAUGUGUGCUCUCAAGUGAAGACCUUUUGUACUGUGUGUAGGAUUAAAGUGGAAGCCGCUGACCAGAAGAAUCCAUCAAGAGGAUAUUCAAUGAAGAGUUUCUCUUCUCGAGGAGGACCUUUACGUGAGUUUACCACAUGUCAAGUACAACGGCAUAAUAAGUUGAAUGAUUGUUGGAUAUGUGCCCAUGGGAGAAUAUACGACGUUAGUGAGUUUAUGUUCCAACACGCUGCGGGUAUUCGGCCUUUAAUGCAACGAGCUGGUGGUGUUCAGGAUGCGAGUGUAGAUUAUGACUUCCAUUCAUCGAGGAGUCGCCAUAAUGAAUGGAGGAGAUUGUGUAUCGGCCGAGUUGUACCCUGCCCUUUACGAGGGGAUCCCUAUGGAGUCACUAAAACGUCAUCAUCUUCUGAGGGUAGCGGUUGCGGCAUUAUGUGA